AUGCACGAUCCUGGAGUUUUCCACUACCGCUUUGCUCACUGGAAAUAUCAGAAAAAUGCUCCUUCGGCUGAAAUUGGUGCCUCCAAUCAGGCUGUCGACUCAGGUAUCAUGUCGGCCAGCAGUCUCCUUUUUGACAUCUACGCCCCUUUCAACCACCAGCCAGACGAUCUACCACAGACCUAG